GAUACUCCAAAAAUCAAAAAAAAAAUAAUUCAAUGCCAAUCAUUUUAUUUUAGAUUAUUACUACCACCAAUUAUUAAAAAUGGGUAGAAGACCAUUGAAUACAACCAAGAGUGGGAAGUAUAUGAAUCCCACAGAUCAAGCCAGAAAAAUGGCAAGAAAAAAGGAGCUUAAAAAGAAUAAAAAACAAAGACAGUUAAUAAGGCUAGCUGUAUUAAAAAGUCAGGACCCUAAACAAAUAAUUUAUGAGAUGGAAGCCUUGGAUGAAAUGGAAUAUAAUACAGAAAAAACUCCAAUAUUUAGAGAGGCUGUUCUUCAGGAUAAGAGAAAGAAAUUAAACACAAUGUUUGCUAGAGUUGUGGCAUUAUAUGAAAAAGAUGAUCCAACAUAUUUUAAUGAAAUUAAGAGAAUAAAACGAGAAUAUGAUAUAAGAAGACAAGAAAAGAUUAAUUAUUAUGAAAGUGUUAAAAAUGCAAAAAAUGUUAACCUGGACAGUAUUCCAUUGCCUCAAAAUACAGAUUUACUACUAGGUGAUUCAUCUAUAAAUCCUUUGUUUUUCCAAAACAAUUAUAUGAUGACAAAUGCCUUAUUUAUGGCAGGUUCACCUUUUUUUAAUAAUAUUCCAUUGCCUGGAAUGUCUGGUUUAAUGACUAAUCAACAACAUCCCUUUAAUACUUUUAACAAUAGUCUAGAUGGUGUGAAAUUAAGUAUAGAAAAUCAACAUCCAUUAAAAGGGAUUCUUAAACAACCCUCAGAUUAUGGUGUGACAAAAGUUAUUCCUGGGCCACCAAUAUACAUGCCUCCACCACUGAGUCCAAUUAGAGAUGAUAAGAGGGAAGAUCGUAGAAACUUUGAACAGAAACAUAGAAAUAGGGAAAGGGCUAAAAGUUUUUCUAGAUCCAGAUCACACUCAAGGUCUAGUUCAGGGAGCUUAAGUAGGAAGAGAAGGAAUAGAGAGAAGGAAAAGGGAAGAAGAAAGAGGGAUAGGAGAUCACGCUCUCCAAGGAGUCAUAGUAGAUCUGACAGAUCUAGAAGUCCAAGCUCUGACGAUUCCGACAAGCAGAAUAACAAAAAUACGGUCAUAAGGGAUUCGGAUGAAGAGGAAUAUGAAGAGAUAAUAGCUGAAGAUAAAUCAUAUGAACCUGAAGUUAUGGAUAGCAAGGGGAAAAAGAUGAUUAGGUUUAUAGAUGGGUCAGCAGACCGUAAUGGAGAUGAAGAAAAGGAUUCUAGGUCAAAAUAUAAAAUGAUAGCAAAAAAUAUGAUAAACAAUACACCUCCCUCUAAAAACGAAAAUCCUAUGUAUAACAUAACAAAUAAUCCAAUGGCAUACAACAUGUAUUCUCAAAUGAAUUUCCCGCCAUACAUACCUAAUAUAAUGAUACCUCCUUCGAUGAUGCAAAUGUCUAAUCCUUACAGACCUCCCAUUAACGAGCCUUUAGCUGCUCCUCCCCCUCCGCCAUCCCUUAGUACGGGUGUUUAUCUGCCAGACGAUGACGUUCCACCAUUACCCCCUAUGCCCAAAGGGCUUGCAAACUUGACCGCUUCCAUAGGUUCGGCCCAGAUAGUUGGACUACCCAAGAUAUCCAUGGACCACAAAGGUUCAAAUUUCGGAAACGUUAAUAACGAAAAAGGUGUUAAAAGCAUUGGGGAAAGAAGUACCGCAGAUGGGGUUUCCGCAAAGAAUACAGAAGCCAUCGUUAUAGAGGCCAAACCCCAACUCCGGAGUUUAACAGAAGAAUCGUUAAAAUUUUUGCCGACAUCCUUGCGGAUUAAAAGAAACACUUCUACCAAAUCCCAAAAUAUGAACAAAAAUCAAUCUGCAAAUGCAUUAGGCGCCAAAUCCGCAUCUCGCUUGAAAUCCAAUGAAAGGAACCAAUUUUUAGAAAUGGUCAACGUCCAUUAUAAGAGUGAUAAUAGCAAUAUGACGGCUGCCAUGAUGAAUUUACAAAGCAAAGAUGAUGCCUACAGCGCUUUUAUGAAGGAAAUGGAAGAUUUAAUAUAAAUUAAACGAAUCAAUGUCAUAGUUUUUUAUUUUACAUUAUUUAUCUUUGGUCUGACUUAUUUUGUAUAUUUAUAACAUUACUAAAUCUUCUGUUAAAUAAAAUGAGUCAUUUAAUGUUAAUUUUAUUGAUAAGGUAAAAUUAUUUAGAUAUUUAAAAUGAUAUUAUAUUUGUUGUAAUAUGUAAAUUAGUUAAAUUUGUACUUUAUAUUUAAUUUGCAUAAAGAAUUAUUUUGGAUUUAUUAUUAUAACGCGUGAUAAAAAUAUUAUAUUUGAAUAGUUAUGAAUAUUAGUGAUAAAGAAGAUUGAAAAAAGUAUAAAAAGGCCAAUUUUUACCAUACAGAAAUAU